AUGGCCCAAAAAAAGGCCAAAGAAAAGGGCAAAGAAAAGGCCAAACAGAAGACCAAAAAUAGGCCAAAGAAAAAGGCCCCCCAAAAAAAGGCUAAAAAGGCGAACAAACGGCUGCUACAGAAAGCCAGCACGUCCAAAGAAAGCAAACCGAAAAAUGAAAACAGGACGGAGGACAUAGAGAGGUGGUUGAAGGAUAUUCACGACGUGGUGGAGAAGGACAUCGUCCAGGAUGACAACAACGUAAGGUCCGAUGACGCCAUCCUCUUGAGUGACUACCUCUCCGUGAUUAAUCAAGUUGUGAAAUACAUCGAGAAUGCCAAAAGCGGUAGGAACUCUAAGGGGGAAAUAAUAAGUGGGAGGAGCGGCACGAAUGAAAGGAAGGAGCAGAGCGACAAAAUAAAUGAUGUGGACUUGGAGGACGAGAACCUGGCCGCGUCGCGCAUCAAGAACCUUUGCAAACUCAUGGGCGUCAUUAGUGUGUUUGAGAGGUUGAGAAGCGAGGGUGCUGCUACCCCAACCGCCGCAAAGGCAAACGCAAAAGCAAACGCGAAUGCAAACGCAAAUGCAAACGCAAACGCUAAUGCCAGUGGCGCCUCGGAGAGAGAGGACGGCCCCCGCGGGGCGGAGGCCCGAAGGCGCAAAGCAGACUUGCUGGAGCAAAAUGGCGUGUGGAGCUUGUUAGAAGAAAUCAUCCUGAACAGCGCAGAAUAUCUGAACAAAAUUAUCUGCCUGGACAAAGACAUGCUCCAAAAAAAAAGUGUAAAAAUUAAUUGCAACAAAUUGAAAAGGUACAUAAAUUACCUUAACGUAUUCUUUGAAGAGACCAACAAAUGUCAGUUGCUCUUUAGAGUGUUCCACUCCAAAUUGGAAAGCUCAACAUUUAUUACGUACGAGUUGGUCCUCCUUUUGCAAAAGCUUUAUAUCUAUGACAAUGUCAAUUUUUAUUUUUACGUGCACCAUAACAUUGCCUUUUCCAAUGAUGUCUCCUCCCCUUACUACUACAAUUUGUAUGGGUUGAGGUGCUUCCAAAUUUUAUUCCACGAUGGAUAUUCGCAUAAUGGGGUACAGGGGCAGCAGAAAAUUGCCCAAAGAAUUUAUGAACAGUACAGGCGAGUCAUCCACAAUUUGAGGAAAAAAAAGUUUUUCUACCCUCAUUUGAUUAGCUACCCUUUUAAUUGCUCUGAAGCCAAGUUAUCAUAUAAAAAUAGAAAUGAACAUUAUUACAUUAACGAGAAGGACGAAUUUUGCUCCAUCAAGAGUGGAAAAAAAUUCGGGUCUUCAUUAUUCCUUCAUGAGGAAGACUCAGAGAUAAAAAGACUUUUAAAAAAGUUACACCAUGCACAGAGGUGGGGUGAAUUCCAGGGGCAGUACGAUUCGUGCACGGCCUACUCAGCAUCCACCGAUGAACAAAGCACAAGCGAUAAUGCUCUACAGGGACAAGCGAGUCGAACGUUCAAGGAGAAGAAGGGACUUCCCAAGUCGGAUGGCGCAUCUUCCUCAGCUCGACUCCCAUCAUCUUGCAGUUCAGCACUUCACGAGGCCACCAACCAAGGGAAGCAGAACAACAGUAAUGACAACGUUGGGCAGGGAGAAACUCCAAAUGGAAAUUUACCCUCUCACACGAGCACUGAUGAAGAUAAUCAGAAUGAAGAAAGUUGUGCGUAUUUCAGCUCCGACAUUUCGAAUGACUUCAUAACGGUGAAUAAAGAGAUAGAGGAAGAGAAAAAAAAAAAUAAAUAAAUGCACCGAGAGGGAAAAAUCCAAAAUGUGAGAAGCACAAUCGAUAAAUUAAUACUCAGCAAAAAUAAUUUCCUUUCCAAAUUGCUAGCAAUAAUAGACUCUAAUGAGGACGCCUAUCUUAUAAAUGAAGUAAUUUUACUUCUCCUGCUAGUGGCCGAGUACAACGGGGAGGUUAGGAAUAUCAUCACGUAUGAAAGAUUUAUCGAAACGGUGAUGAGAAUAAUGCAGGAUGAACAUGCCUACUUGUUUAGACCAACUAGUGACUUGCACUUUUUGUAUGAAGACGGCAACGUGGUGGUGCCAAACAAAAAGACAAAAAUUACUCCCCACCCUGCAGCCAACAAAGGGAAUGAAAAAAGGGAAGAAAUGAACCACACCCAAGUUGGCGCAGUGGAAGUUAGCGCAGUGGAAGUUAGCGCAACCGAAGUGAUAGCCCCCCAGGGGGAUAAACCUCAUAGCGAACAGAAAGAAAUGGAGAUUUAUCUAGACAAUAUUUCCAUAAACAUAGACCUAAAGAGCAGCUUGCUCCUUCUCAAGUGCCUCAUAAUCAGCAGCGAAUUUGGCCUCAAGUACAUUUACGAACUGAACAUAUUCGAGCAGUUCAUCAAGUUGGUGCUUAACAUGUAUAAUGUUAUCAUAUACAUUUAUAAAAAUGAUAUGAAAAAAUAUUUUUCCAAUUCAAUUUUUGUUCUUAACAUAUUUCUAGAUGUUUUGGCUAGCUCAUGUAAAGUUGAUGGGGUGGUGAAUAGCUAUACAGGUUUGUCCUGUAAAAAGUUUUUGCUCAUUUUGCAGAAGGAGAGAUUUUUCGAAAGCUCUUUUUUUUUUUUUUUUAAAUUUAUGUGUAUCUAUAUGGAGAAAUAUUCGAAUGGUGGUAGACGAGCAGAUCAGCUUGGUCAUCACCGGAAUGAAAACUCCUCAAAUUAUGACGGUAGUAGUGAGGCCCUUAUGACUGUGGGGUUCAAUCGAGUUGGCAAUGCGCCCCUGCCAGGAGGCAGUAAUAGCGGCAGUAUCAGUGCUACCGUAAGCGCAAACGUAAGUGCCAGCGCAAGCAGCAUCCUCCCGAAUAGCGACAGUGCUGGAGGCCAGCUGGGAAGCAAUCCGGUGGGCGCCAGUAUUGGAAGCAACUUGGCAGGGAGCAGUCAGACGGGGAGUGGACAAGCGGGAGGUCUCCACGCGGGUAGCAAUAUGUACAGCGAAAGUGAGCAAAUCAUGAGGAUAUUCAAGAAUACCCACUUCGUUGGCAUCCUCAACAUGUGCUGCAAAUUUCUCCUCCAGGAUGAGAGCCUCUGCGUAAGGGUUCUCUUUACCCCCUUUGCUGUUAGCAGUGGUGGAGAUGAAACAUCCAAAUCAACGGACAAACAUGACGAGGUGAACUCUUUCGUGGAGGGCUCCCUCAAGCAGAAGAACUACUUCCUCCUAGAACAAGUGCUAACAUACUACAUGAAACAUUUGAAGCAAAUUAAAUAUGCGGACCUGCUGCUGAUUAUGUUUCUGUACGAUCGAAAGAAGCUUUUUAGUAACACCAUUUAUGAGUUUUUUUUAUUCUUGGGGGGGAAGCACCCACAUGUGGGGAAAUACCUAAUGGACUCUCUCCUCUCUCGGAGAACGGUCUUCUACUACUGUGUGAUGCAUACUGCACGCAGAGUAUCGAAGCUGCUUCUCAAACUGAAGAAGGCCUUUCAGAGGAGGAAGAAAACGGAGAGUAAAUCAGGGUGGAAAAACAACGACGAGUUGGUAAUUUCAGGAGCAAACAGAAUUUCUCAAAAGGAAAAAUUCUUUUUAAAAUAUAUGAACUUGUCAGAAUUGCUACUCAAAAUUUGUAACCUGACGAGCAGCCAUAACCCUGAUGAAAGGUUACCCCCUGCGGAUGAGUUUUUAAAGAGUGCAAAGUUAAGCUUUGAACAAAUGAUGUACUACAAUACACUGUUUACACGCGAUUACAGCGGAAUGUGGAAACACCAUCUUCAGAAAGCAAACGAAAAAUUCAGCGAAAGCGUAUUAACGUUUAGGAUAAAUUCCAUUUUAUAUAGAAAAAAUGUGAAGGGUCAGAUGGACUCCCUUAAGUUUUUAGUACCCAUGUUAAAUGCACAUGAAAAUAUAAGAGCCAUUUGCGAUGUGAGGAGGCAGAAGUAUUUUUUCAAUUACUCCAGGGAGUUCUCCAUUUUUUGCAUCCACUUUGUUUAUUCGAAUUUUAUUCACCACUCCAUGUUGAGCUACUUCUUUGAGCAAUCCAAGGGUUCUGCAUAUCGGAAGGAUCCUCCAGGUGGGAACAGAAAUGGGUACUCUGUGAAGAGGAGUCACUCCGGGGGGGAUCGACGCAAAGAGGGGGGGGACGCCGAAUGUAGUAUGUUGAGCGAGUCGGACUAUGAGGAUUAUUCCCAAGCUGAUCUCGACAGGGAAGGUAGCGAAUCGGACGACUGGAGCGAAGAAGACCGCGAUGUGGAUGCUCCUAACAGGAAGGGGUGUGAAGAUUAUUCACUCGAUGAGGACCACCACAGCAGUGCCUCAAGCGGAGAGGAAACUACUCGCCAAACGAGAACAAAAAAUAAAGCGCACCUUUUUUACAGCAGAGGAGGGGCAGAAAAUGAACGAAGUUAUCUCAAAAAUAAGGCGAUGAAGACAAAGGGAGAGGGAGGGACACGAGGCAGGAAAAACAACACUCAAUCGAUGGCACACAUCAGUGAGGAGGUUAGCCAACUCAGAAAAAAACUAAACGAACAAGAAGUUACCCACUUGGAGGAAAAAAUUUACCUAAAUAAAAUUAUCGAAAAAAAAAAUGACAUCAUAAAUAACAUGCUGUAUUCCUACUCAAUGAUGAAGGAGAAGUGCGUGCAGGUAGAAUCAGAACUGGUCAAGGUCAGAACCGACUUAGGGUUGAAAGAGAAGGAGUACCAACUCGUUGCGGCCAACGACAUGGAUGAUCUGAAAGCACAACACAUCCGUGUGUUACGUGAUUAUGAAAGGGUAGGCAGUGAAAAAAGAGAGUUAGAAACACAAUUCGAAAAGCUUACCGACUUGUUAAUUUUCCUUUACGAAAAUGUGGCUGCUUGUCGAAAGUACAUGCAGAACGUGGAGGAUGUAAACGUUUUUAAAAAUCCCAGGAUGGGUGCAAACCCAGGGGGAGACCCGCCUCAGCCAAACUGUGAAAUGCUUGAGGUGGGGGCCGAUGUCCAUAUGAAUGCCGAGGUGAAGGGCAGCGUAGAUGCCCUCACACAGCCAAAUGACCAGCUAAACAGGGGUGGGUACCAACUAGCGAAUGACCAAGUGUGGGGACAGCACAGCGGCGGCGCUUAUGCGAACGUGUAUAACCCCGCGCAGCAGAACUUCCCCCCACAGGGGUACCAGAACAGCCCUUACGAGGGCAGCGCGUACGGCAACCCCCAGCAGCAGGGAAGCACGUACAGUUACGCCAACCAAAAAAUGGAUCAGGGAAGCGCGUACGGCAACCCCCAGCAGCAGGGCAGCACGUACAGUUACGCCAACCAGAAAAUGGAUCAGGGAAGCGUGUACGGCAACCCCCAGCAGCAGGGAAGCACGUACAGUUACGCCAACCAACAAAUGGAUCAGGGCGGCGCAAACAGCCACCCCCAGCAGCAGAUGCAUCAGGGCAGCACGUACGCCUACCCCCCCGAACCGAUGCAGCAGGUGCGUAUGUAUGGAGACCCCAACCCGCCGGCGGAGGGAAAUUCGAGCCAUCGGGUCUUCAGUGAAGUGCACCCCCCAGUUACGCAGCCUCCUCCCGAUCGGCAAUAUGAGCAACAGUACGGACAGUUAUACGAACAGGCCCCCCCGCAGAUGUACAACCAACUGUAUUUCCAAACGAACCCACACGUGUACCCCCACAUGUACGUGGAGUCUACUGGACAAAACGCAAGCGGGUCGAACGCCUUACUGAACGUUUCUGCCGGUGAUCAAGGGCCUAACUGUGAAGGGUCGCAGGGGCAGCCAAAUGAGCAAAACUGUCCAGCUGAAUUUUCGGGACAGUGA